AUGGCCUCCAAGCAGCUGCCCACGCGCGAGCGUCGCCCCUCCACAGGAGCUCCCCUGGUGGACAUCCAGGGAGCUGUCGGCCCUGCUGGCGUCUCGAGGCCCAAGCACAGGAGAACCUUUACGGGCUUCGGUGCUGGAGAAAUCAAGCACGUCGAAGCCUCGAUCCCCGAACCCCAGCGCGAAGCAUGGAGGCGGAACCAAGUUCAGAGCAUCACCGACAAGGAUGGCUUUGAGAAGGAGGUUGUCCGCCAUGUCGAGACCACCCUGGCGCGUAGCAUGUUUAACUGCGAUGAAACCGCUGCGUACUCGGCCACCAGUCUGGCCUUCCGUGAUCGCCUCAUUACCGACUGGAACAAGACCCAGCAACGCCAGACGUUCCGCGAUACCAAGCGUGUUUACUACCUGAGUCUGGAAUUCUUGAUGGGAAGAACUUUGGACAAUGCCAUGCUCAACGUGGGCUUGAAGAAUGUGGCCAAGGGUAAGAAUAGAAUCGCAUUCGUUGUUUUUUAUGCUGCAUUUUGGCUAACGGGCUUUCAAAUGUUAGAGGGUCUCUCUGAGCUUGGUUUCAGAAUCGAGGACAUCAUCACCCAAGAGCACGAUGCAGGUCUGGGCAACGGUGGUUUAGGUCGACUUGCUGCUUGCUUCCUCGACAGCUUGGCUAGUCUCAACUACCCCGCCUGGGGCUACGGUCUUCGCUACAGAUACGGAAUCUUCAAACAGGAAAUCAUUGACGGCUACCAGGUCGAAGUGCCCGACUACUGGCUGGACUUUAACCCCUGGGAGUUCCCCCGCCACGAUAUCACGGUCAACAUCCAAUUCUAUGGCAAGGUUCGCAAGCAGACCAGGGAGGACGGCAAGACCGUCAGCGUCUGGGAGGGUGGUGACAUCGUCGAUGCCGUUGCCUACGAUGUCCCCAUUCCUGGCUACGCGACUCCAACCACGAAUAACCUGAGACUUUGGUCUAGCAAGGCAUCUGGAGGCGAAUUUGAUUUCCCAAAGUUCAACAAUGGUGACUACGAAGGCGCAGUUGCAGACCAGCAGCGAGCCGAGUCCAUCAGCGCCGUGCUGUACCCCAACGACAACUUGGACCAGGGUAAAGAACUGCGACUGAAGCAGCAGUACUUCUGGGUGGCAGCCUCUCUCUAUGACAUUGUGCGCCGCUUCAAGAAGUCCAAGCGCCCCUGGAAGGAAUUCCCCGACCAAGUCGCCAUCCAGCUCAACGACACUCACCCUACUCUUGCCAUUGUUGAGCUGCAGCGCAUUCUGGUUGAUACUGAGGGCUUGGAAUGGGAUGAAGCAUGGAAGAUUGUUACUGCCACGUUUGGCUACACCAACCAUACUGUGCUCCCCGAAGCCCUGGAGAAGUGGCCUGUGGGAUUAUUCCAGCAUCUCUUGCCCAGACAUCUUCAGAUUAUCUACGAUAUUAAUCUGUUCUUCCUGCAAAAGGUCGAGAAGGCCUUCCCCAACGACAGAGACCUGCUUGGUCGAGUCUCCAUCAUUGAAGAGAGCCAGCCAAAGAUGGUGAGAAUGGCCUUCUUGGCCAUUGUUGGUUCCCACAAGGUCAACGGUGUGGCUGAGCUGCACUCGGACUUGAUCAAGUCGACCAUCUUCAAAGACUUUGUUGAGAUCUACGGCCCGGACAAGUUCACCAACGUAACCAACGGUAUCACCCCUAGACGUUGGCUGCACCAGGCCAACCCCCGUCUGUCUGAGCUGAUUGCCUCCAAGUGCGGCGGCGAUGCCUACCUCAAGGAUUUGACUGUUCUCAAUAAGCUUGAAGCUUUUGCCAAAGACAAAGCCUUCCGCAAGGAGUGGGCUGAGAUCAAGUACGCCAACAAGGUCCGCUUGGCCAAGUACAUUCAGACCACGCUUGGCGUAUCAGUCAACCCCGCGGCCUUGUUCGACGUGCAAGUCAAGCGAAUUCACGAAUACAAGCGUCAGCAGCUCAACAUUUUCGGAGUCAUUCACCGAUAUCUGACUCUCAAGGCGAUGAGUCCUGAAGAGAGGAAGAAGCAGCUUCCCCGUGUUACCAUCUUUGGUGGCAAGGCUGCUCCCGGCUACUGGAUGGCUAAGCAGAUUAUUCACUUGGUCAACGCCGUCGGCGAGGUUGUCAACAAAGAUUCCGACAUUGGCGAUCUCCUCAAGGUUGUUUUCCUUGAAGAUUACAAUGUCAGCAAGGCCGAGAUGAUCAUCCCUGCCUCUGAUAUUAGCGAGCACAUUUCCACUGCAGGCACAGAGGCGUCUGGCACAAGUAACAUGAAGUUUGUCCUCAACGGAGGUCUCAUCAUCGGAACAUGCGAUGGCGCCAAUAUUGAAAUCACCCGUGAAAUCAGCGACAGCAACAUCUUCCUGUUUGGAAACCUUGCUGAGGAUGUGGAAGACCUGCGCCAUAACCACAACUUUGGCUCUCACACCAUCGACCCCGACUUGGAGAAGGUCUUUGUCGAGAUUGAGAAGGGCACCUUUGGCAUGCCCAAUGACUUUAGUGCCUUGAUUGCCGCCGUCAGAGACCACGGCGACUACUACCUGGUCUCAGACGACUUCCACAGCUACAUUGAGACACACGCUCUCGUUGACGAGGCUUACAAAAACCAGGAUGAGUGGGUGACCAAGUGCAUCAUGUCCGUGGCCCGAAUGGGCUUCUUCACUAGCGACCGCUGCAUUAACGAGUAUGCUGAGGAGAUUUGGAACAUUGAGCCGCUGGACGUCUCUGAGUAA